AUGGCAAGCACACAGACAAACGGCACUCACCCCAUUGUGGUUGACAAUCCCGUUGACGAGAAGCCAAACAACACUCUCAACGGCGGUCAUCAAGAAUACCCAACCUUUUCCCAAGAAAGACUCGAUGACUCCAUCAAACGAGGAAUUGAUAUCCAAGUCUUUCGCUACCCCUCCACCGGUAUCAACGUCCUCAUCGCAGGCGCCGGUCUAGGCGGGAUUACCUGCGCCCUUGAAUGUUGGCGCAAAGGGCAUAACGUUCGCGUUAUUGAACGCAGUCCCAGUCCAAUCUGGACAGGCGAUAAUGUUCAAAUCCAACCCAGCGCUAUUCUUCUUCUGCGCCACUGGCCUGACAUGGGUUAUGAGAUUGAAGAAAACCAGUACGACGUCGACAUGUCUUACUAUAGACAAACCGGCGAGCGCAUCUGGGGCCCUGCACCGCCUAUGUUCAACGAUCCAGAGCAUUUACCCGGCCGUCGUGGUUUCCCCUCUGUCAAUGCUCAUUCUCGUAUCAAGUUGUACCGCGCGUUCUUGAAACAGGCGGAACGCGUGGGUAUUCAUGUUGAGUGGGGAUGUAAGGUUGUUGAGUACUGGGAGGAUAUUGAAGGUUGUGCGGGGGGUGUUGUUCUUGAGAAUGAGGAGAAGAGAACGGCGGAUGUUGUUGUUGCUGCUGAUGGGCUGAGGACGAAGAGCAAUACUGUUGUUCCUGGUAUGCCGGACCAGUUGAUGACGAGUGGAAAUGCGAUUUAUCGUGCGGGCUAUCCUGUUGAACAUGCGCUUAAGGACCCCAAGGUUAGGGAGAUGUGGAACUUUAAGCCUGGUGAUAAGCCGAUUUGGCAGUUCUGGCUUGGAAACGGUUCUCACAACAUGAUGUGUUUGACUCACGAUCUCGCUUUCUGGAGCUUCAUCCAUUCCCACGCCGAAUCCGCCAGUGAAUCCUGGAUCCCAGAUAUCGACCCAGCAGAAGUCAUUACCGAAAUGGAAAAGAAUGACGCCGUUCACCCCUCAGUCGCCGCCUUCAUCCGCACCGCCCCCAAAGGCUCCGUCGUGAACUGGCAACUCAAAUUCCGCGAUCCCCACGAACAAUGGACAUCCCCCGGCGGCCGCGUCGUACAACUCGGCGACGCAGCGCACGCAUUCCUUCCCACAUCCGGCAAUGGCGCAACCCAAGCCAUAGAAGACGGCGUGACCCUCGCAACAUGUCUCCAACUGGGCGGCAAAUCCCAAGCCGCCAAUGCAACCAAGGUAUACAACAAACUGCGCUUUCAGAGAGUCAGUUGUGGACAGAAAAUGGGGUUUGUUAACCAGCAGCUCAAGCAGCAUACGGAUUGGGACGCGAUCAUGAAGAAUCCGGCGCUGAUUAGAUCGAGAUAUCCGAAGUGGGUGUGGUCGCAUGAUCCGGAGGCAUAUGCGUAUGAGAAGUUUGCUGAGGCGUUGACACAUGUUGUUAGUGGAGGGAGGGUUCCGCUGGUCAAUACGAAUUUUCCGAAGGGGCAUAAGUAUAGGCAUUGGACUAUGAAGGAGGUGCAGGAGCAAAUUAAAGCGGGACAGAAGUUGGAGGAUCUUCAGGAUGGAGACUGGUCUUAG